CACUGCAUCGAUUACCUUCGCCAAGCAAUCAUGUGUGGUAGCGACCUUACGCCAAUAACUUUUGAGUGGAUAUCCGAGAUCAACGGCUACAUCGCGCAUCACAGUACCCAACAUGUAUGCCGGGACUUUGGCGCUAUUUAUGAGUGGGCCAAGCGUAGA